CAGUGGGUUUAUUCCUCAGGUUCAACAGCACUAACUGUGGUGAAAGCACUCUCCCUGCUGGCUAAUAAAGGUAGUUCACGUCCCUUCCAAAACCAGUCGCCUCUCAUAAUCACCGCACAGUCUGAAGCAGGCAUUCAGAAAAUGCACACUGACGAACCGGGGUACCUCUGCAAACAUUUCAUUAGGAAACAGGUGCAUCUUUCAUGAACUCCCCGCGUGUGUGGCCAACACACAUUCUUCACUGUUUGUAAAUACAGCAGCGUCAUCAUCUUCACCUGUGUGAACCAUGGAAUGAAUGCUGAGGUUGUCCAUCGCGCGCACCGAUAAGCGGAUCUAGUCGCUCGUGGAGUACCCGAGCCCCACGUCCUCUCCCUACACGGAGCAGAAUGCACCCUGGUUUCUGAUCGUUAAAUGUUUAGUUCAGAGAUGAUAUCCUCGCAGCAGAAUCAUGUUGUCACCACCAUUGAGACAAUGCCUCCUGAAACCAUUACGGCAUCGCCGACCCUGGUUCAAAGGAUAAGAAAAGUGUUUAGCAGGGAACUUCUGGUAACUCUGGCUCUGGGCCAGGUCUUGUCUCUGCUCGUCUGUGGCAUCGGGCUGACCAGCAAGUACCUGGCUCAUGAAUACCACGCCAACACGCCCGUGUUCCAGAGCUUUCUCAACUACAUCCUUCUGUUCCUAGUCUACACCACCACGCUCGCCGUCAGGCAAGGUGAGGAGAAUCUGCUGGCUAUACUGAAGAGGCGAUGGUGGAAGUAUAUGAUUCUGGGAUUAAUAGACAUCGAGGCUAACUACCUGGUUAUCAAAGCCUACCAAUACACCACAYUAACAAGCGUACAGCUCUUAGACUGUUUCACCAUCCCCGUGGUGCUGCUGCUGUCCUGGUUCUUCCUGCUGGUGAGGUACAAGGCCGUGCAUUUUGUGGGCGUUGGGGUGUGUCUGCUGGGCAUCGGCUGCAUGGUGGGGGCAGAUGUUCUGGUGGGAAGACAGCAGGGCCUAGGGGAACAUAAGCUCCUGGGGGACCUGCUGGUUCUGGGAGGGGCCAUGCUCUAUGGAAUCUCUAACGUGUGUGAGGAGUUCAUCGUUAAGAACCUGAGCAGGGUGGAGUUCCUGGGCAUGAUGGGACUGUUCGGCUCUUUCUUCAGCGGCAUUCAGCUGGCCAUCAUGGAGGUUGCUCUACAUCGGCUUCAGUGCCUGCAUGUUUGGCCUGUACAGCUUCAUGCCCGUGGUCAUUAGAAGAACCAGCGCCACGUCGGUCAAUCUCUCUCUGCUGACCGCUGACCUCUACAGCCUGUUCUGCGGCCUCUUUCUGUUCCAGUACAAGUUUUCAGGGCUCUACCUCCUGUCCUUCGUCAUCAUCAUCCUGGGUCUGGUGUUCUACACCUCCUCCUCCACCUACGUGGCACAGGACCCGCGCGUCUACAAGCAUUUCCGCAACGCCGGCCACCCCAUCACGGACACGCCCACUCUGGGGCCCCUGGAACCCUCGGUGACCUAUACCAGCCUAAGGCAGGAGAUAGAGGAGGAGCCUCGCAUCAGGGUGGCCUGAGAGUCCCCAGAUUCUGUACAGAAAGAAGGAUCACUGAAUGAUUUAAAAAAUGAUCGAAAACAUGUAGCAAACACGCAAAAGUACACUGUGAUCGCAAACUGUGAAUAGAUAGCAGUGGCUAUUUCUGAUUUUGAAGAUUUGUUUCAUGUAUAGAAAUAUACUGUUACCCCAUCACGUUCCCUCGUACUGUACAUUUGACAUGUUUAGAAGGUUUUGUGCUUAAGACUUGUGUAAAUGCUCAAUUGUGACUGUUUCCUCUUUUACAUGAGCACAAAACGUUAUUGCAUUUUAAGCUUUGAGUUUGCGCUGUGGGUUAUUUCAGUGUUUAAUUGUUCCUUCAAAUCGAUCUCUUUUUGUAAAACUACCCCGUUAAAGUAUCGUGUUCAGAGGUACGAUAAAGUAAUACACAGACUUAACAUGAGUCAGUGCCUUACUAUGUAUUACUGUUGUGUGUUAGAGCUGCACAUUAUAAAUGGCCCCUUCCCUGUCCAGCAUUGUCUGAGGACAUUGGAUACUGAUGCAGCCCCUCCAGUUAUAUUCAUUUAUAGACUGGGUGAUUCGAGCCCUGAAUUCUGAUUUGGCUGACAGCCGUGGUAUAUCAGACCAUAUACCACGGGUAUGACAAAACGUUUAU